AAGAGAGCGGACGACGAGGCGACGUGCGGCGGACCAGCUAACUCCACGGUAUUCCACGGUUGCAUCCAUGGCCAUGGACUUUGAGAAGAUACUGGGCAAGUGCGGCGACUGCCAUCGCUACCAGUACAUGCUGCUGGCCCUCUACGGGCUGCUCAUGUUCAUCGUUUCCCGGCAUUACUUUGCCCAGAGUGUCAUCAGCUUUGUGCCCGAUCACUGGUGCUAUCACGAGCAGCUGGAGAAUCGCAGCUAUGCCGAAAUUGCGUCUAUUUACGCCCCAUUCGAGAGUCCCUCCUGCACCCAACUGGCGUCCAUUGAUUGGGAUUCGAGGAAUGCCACGGCAAGCGGGAAACCCUGCACCCGUUGGAUCUACAACUAUGACCAUGGAUUCCGGAGCAUGAACGCCGAUCUGAACUGGGUCUGCGAUUCGGCGUACAAGGCCCGUGUAGGUCAGUCCCUGUUCUUCCUGGGUUCCAUGUGCGGCACUUUGCUUUUUGGUAUCCUAGGAGACCGGAUUGGACGCAUUCGGGCCAUGGUUUUGGCCAACUGGUGCGGUUUCUUGGGUGAUUCGGCCACCAUUUACGCCCAGAGUCUGGUGACCUUCUCGGCCAGCCGCUUUGCCUCGGGACUUGCGGCCGAGGCCAAUGCCUACCUCAUGUAUAUACUGGUGCUGGAGUACGUGUCGCCAUCGAUGCGGAGUGUGGGCCUUAACCUAACGAUGAGCAUCUUCUACUGCCUGGGCAUGAUCAGUGCCUCCUGGCAGGCCGUCUGGCUGGGCAACUGGCGUUCCUAUAUGGCCUGGUCGGCUCUGCCCCAGGUUCUGGUCACCUGCUUUUACUUUCUGGUCCAAGAGAGUGCUCAGUGGCUGGUCACCAGCCAUGACCUUGACGGUGCUGUGUUGCGACUGCGCCGCGUGGCCAAGUUCAACCGGAGGGAGGUCAGUGAGGCGGACAUUGAACUAUUCCGACAGCAUUGCAAGACGAAGAUGUCGGAGGCCAAUAGCCGGAUGUCCCUCCAGAAGCAAGCGCGUUUGGUAGAUGCACUCAAGUCGCCAAGAUUGUGCCUCAGGCUCAUCUAUGUCCUGGUUGUGUUCACGAUAAUCACGCUCUGCUACAACACCAUGUCCCGGAAUGUGGAGGGAUUGGGCAUGUCGCCCUUCGUGAUGUUCACGUUGUUCGCGCUGACCCUGCCGCCCUCGGGGAUCGUCCAGAUCCUAACCCAGCGGCACCUGGGUCGCAAGUUCACCUCGGUGACGAGCAUGGUUGUAACUGGAACCCUGACGGCGGCCAGUGGCAUAAUGCUCAGUGUCUGGCGGGAGCCCAGUGUCGGUGUUAUGGUCGCCCUGAUGCUGGCAUCCCGCUUUGGGAUCUCCGUCACCUCGGGCGCCACCAUGCAGAUAUCGGCUGAACUGGUGCCCACCUGUGUGCGAUCGAGUGGCCUGGCUGUGGUCCAUGUGGCGGGAGCAGCGCUCUCCUUCCUUUCGCCAUUUAUCCUACACUUGGACACCUACUUCCGGGCGGGGUCCUCGAUCAUUCUCUGCCUGCUGCUGCUGUUCAGCGCCUGGAUUUGCCUGCUCCUGCCGGAGACGCGGAACAAGAAGCUGCCCAUGAGCCUGGCCGAGGGUGAGGAGUUUGGCAAGGACGAGCGGAUGUUUGACUUCCUGCGACGGUCCAAGGAGGAGACGAGGGAGGAGAAUGGUCGGGAUGAUCUCAAGGCUGAUGGCACCAACGAGAAGCUAAUGGCAGAGUAAGAUUACUCACUAGGUAGGUGCUUUCCCAUUUUAAUAGGAUUCGAAUUGAAUUUGGAAAGUAUUUAAAUGCAUUUAAUUUAACCAAAUAAUUAUAUUUUGUUAUGAAUUUAAUUUGUACGUACUUAAGUGCUAAAACAUUUAUGUUUUAUAGUUAACUCUCAUUAUAAAUUGUUGCAUUUUUGUCUUAGAUAUCUUUAGUCUUAAAAUUCGAGUUGGUCAGAGAUAGCAUAUAUAAGACCCGCUUUAUCUAGGUUAUAAAAAACGUAGACUAAUAACGGAAUGAGCAUAAUUAACUUACGUACAUAAUAUGACAAUAAGAACUGCGAGAAAGACUGGUAAUAACUAUUACUGCUAUCGGUUGGGAUAAGAAAAGGAGUCGAGUGUAUUUUAAAGAUUUUUUAUUACUCGAUGC